UCCCGGCAGCCAUGCUUGACUAGAAAUUAAACGACGCAUGACACAGAUUCUCAUACAUGCAACUCUACCUCGAAGCACUAUAAAUAGGGGCCUGCGUGUGGAUGCCACUCUCAAAUCCAAGCUGCAGAGACCCUUACUGCUUAAGCACAGCGCUUCACUGUCACUGAGCAAGCAGGUUUCCAUGGCGGCUCCUACCUUGAUGCAGUGCUUGCUCGCCAUCUCCCUGCUCUCCUUCGCCGCCCACGCGCAGCUCUCGACGAUGUUCUACGCGUCCUCCUGCCCCAACCUGCAGGGCAUCGUGCGGGCGGCCAUGACCCAAGCCAUCAACAAUGAGCCUAGGAUGGGCGCCUCCCUGCUCAGGCUCUUCUUCCACGACUGCUUCGUGCAAGGUUGCGACGCCUCGAUCCUUCUCGACGCCGGAGGGGAGAAGUCCGCCGGCCCGAACGCGAACUCGGUGCGCGGCUAUGAGGUCAUCGACACCAUCAAGAAGAACGUCGAGGCUGCGUGCCCCGGCGUCGUGUCGUGCGCCGACAUCGUCGCUCUCGCCGCGCGCGACGGGACGAAUCUUCUCGGCGGGCCGACCUGGAACGUGCCGCUGGGCCGGCGCGACUCGACGACGGCGAGCGCGUCCCUCGCCAACCAGAACCUGCCGCCGCCGACGGCGAGCCUCGGGACGCUCAUCUCCCUGUUCGGCCGGCAGGGCCUCUCGGCUCGCGACAUGACGGCGCUGUCGGGCGCGCACACCAUCGGGCAGGCCCGGUGCACGACCUUCCGCGGCCGCAUCUAUGGUGACACCGACAUCAACGCCUCCUUCGCGGCGCUCCGGCAGCAGACGUGCCCGCGGUCGGGCGGCGACGGCAACCUGGCGCCCAUGGACCUGCAGACGCCGGCGAGGUUCGACAACGCCUACUACACGAACCUGCUGUCGCAGCGGGGCCUGUUCCACUCGGACCAGGAGCUCUUCAACGGCGGGUCGCAGGACGCGCUGGUGAGGCAGUACAGCAGCAGCCCGUCGCAGUUCAACAGCGACUUCGUGGCGGCCAUGAUCAAGAUGGGCAACAUUGGGGCCGGCAACGCCGGACAGAUCAGGCGCAACUGCCGGGUCGUCAACAGCUAGAUACGACAUGUAGCUGGCUGAUCGAUCGACCGUCUAUAAGUGUAUCUAUAGAACUCAGAAGAAUAAGUGGUGAACGACCCACGACAGAAAGUGAUAGAAGCAGCAUCACUUGCAUGGCCAGGUUAUUGAAACUGUUCACCUGGUCAUUUUGGUUGGAUUGUCCAAGUUGGUUGUGUGUGCCAAAGGGCGGCACACCAAAAAAAAUUCCCCUCAUAUUAGUACUAGACUUUCUUUUCUCCACUAGCCUUGCCUGCAUAUUUGUCUUGUUUCCCCCAGUAGUGAACAAAAUAUCAUAUCUUUGUACAACACUUUUUUAGGGCUUUUUCUUUUCAAGGGGAACGGUGCCCUUUAUCUCAGGCGAUGGUUACAUGUUGAUUAUGGCCUAAACCAGGCACAA